CACGCACACACUCACCGACAGACAGUUGCACAGAAAUGCGCUCACAAGUCAUCUGCCUUGAGAGCUUGAACACAAGUGCAGCCUUUAUUGAUGCCAGAAAAAAAAGCCAACACGGGACUCACACUCUUGCUGUGUGCAUGAGUGAGCCUCGCAUCCUUCCAUUACGCACCGGAGCUGGGCUUACAUGGGCUCCCCUCAACCAGCACCCCCUGACACAUGGGGAAGAGACAAGGCACCCUGACGAUAUGUUUACCACCUCAUCCAUCAACUUAUUCCACUGAAUGGCGUUAAAAACACACUACUGCUGCACCACCGCCAACAACGCAGGAGGAGCUUUUGGAUUCGCACCACAAGGAAGUUUAAAACUCCCUCGGGUUAAGUGUUGUUUUCUUUUCUACCCCGCUGAAACACGGAGGAACACUUCCACCAUGGUCGCCGUGGCCUGAGGGGAGAUGGAUUUAGACGGAGGAGAGCUCAACGGCUCCGCUUGUUUGUCCCGGAAUGAGAGCGGCGCCGGGCUGAGCGCCUCCGCCGGACUGUCCACUGCGCUGGCCAGCGUGCUGAUCUUCACCAUUGUGGUCGACAUCCUCGGCAACGUGCUCGUCAUCCUGUCCGUGUACAGGAAUAAAAAGCUGAGGAAUGCAGGCAACAUCUUUGUGGUGAGUCUGUCAGUCGCAGACCUGGUGGUGGCGCUGUACCCUUACCCUUUGGUGCUGACGGCCAUCUUCCACGAUGACUGGACCAUGGGGGACCUGCACUGCCAGGCGAGCGGCUUCAUCAUGGGCAUCAGCGUCAUCGGCUCCAUCUUCAACAUCAUGGCCAUCGCCAUCAACCGCUACUGCUAUAUCUGCCAUAGUCUGCACUACGACCGCGUGUUCAGCCUCAGGAACACCUGCUGCUACCUGGGCCUCACCUGGGUCUUCACCGCGAUCGCCACCGUGCCCAAUUUCUUUGUUGGCUCGCUGCAGUACGAUCCUCGCAUCUACUCCUGCACCUUCGCCCAAACUGUUAGCUCAUACUACACCAUCUCCGUGGUCAUCAUCCAUUUUCUGAUCCCGCUGCUGGUGGUGUCUUACUGCUACAUGAGGAUAUGGGUGAGGGUGAUCCAAGUGAAACAUCGGGUGAAACCGGAGCAAAGGACCAAACUAAAACCGAGCGACGUAAGGAACUUCCUGACUAUGUUUAUGGUCUUUGUGUUGUUUGCUGUCUGCUGGGCACCGUUGAACUUCAUAGGCCUGGCAGUGGCGAUAAACCCCGCGAAAGUUGCGCCGAACAUACCCCAGUGGCUUUUUGUCACCAGCUACUUCAUGGCGUACUUCAACAGCUGCCUCAACGCCAUCAUAUAUGGCCUCCUUAAUCAAAACUUUCGCAAAGAAUACAAAACGAUCCUCCUUGCUCUGUGCAUCCCACGUUUGUUGCUGGUGGAGACCUCCAGGUGUGCCACAGAGGGCCUGAAGAGUAAACCUUCAGCAGCUGUAACCAACAAUAAUGUAGCAGAGAUAAAUGUAUAGCAUAAAUGUUGUCUUGAGAAAAGGCAUUUCUCAGGAAUUUUGUGCCUUUAAACUUGAUGUCAUUUCCUAGUUUGUAUUCCGUUCAGGGUGACCCCAGGAGCUGAAGCCUAUCUGAGCUGACUACACCCUGGACUGGUCGCCAGCCAACCCUGUGCCAAGCUUAUGUGAACCACUGUAACAUCAGUGGUGCAUUUGUAUUGCAAUGUAAUCACAUUUGGAGAGGCUGCUGCUGCUGCACAUCGUAUUUCUUUCAGAAGCGUCACGCACAUCAUUCGCAGUGAUCCACAGCCGCAGCUGUGCUCCCUUCCACAAUGAAUUUAAAACACACUGAGACAAAUCAAGUUUUCACCCUAAACUAUUUGGCUUUAGAAAAGCAGUCAGCUGUGUGGGGUGAUUUCCCAAAGUCUUAGGCACAAUAUGUCUGUUUUGUGGCUUUUGAAAGCGCGUCCCAGCAUGGUCGCAUCACAUGCGUGCUCACUGUGUUUCAGUCAGAUGCAUUCUGCUUAAAUCCAAAACAAAUAAAAAGUGUGUUUUCUAUUGCACUGUUUUGAUCUUUUAAAUGCAGCAUUAGGGAUGAAAAAAAAAAGGCUCGCUGCAGUGCAAUCCGUCUUCAGAUGCGGGAUUCAAGCUGAAGCCUUUUCACUCAACGUUGAGCUCAGAUCCCAAGGAUUAUGCACUUACUUGGAAUUUAGCGGCCAAGAAUAUUGAAAGUCCGGAAUGACUGAUUGUAAUGCUGCUGCAUUAUUUCAUCUUCAAUUUGUAUAAAUGUGAAGUGUAAGCCUUCUUUUCACAAGGAAUGUAGCUUUCGUUAUGAAUCACUUUGAUACUGUUGGACUGUGUGGAACUGUGACUCCAAUUCCAUUAAAAAGACAAACAAGGAGUGUUAGUUUCAUCUUAACGUGACAAGGCAUGCCCUGUAACUAAAACUGAAAUCCUUAAAAGUCCUAAUUUGAUUUUAACACUGCUUUUAUCGGGUCGUCAACAGCUGCAUGCGAUUCGAAUUAAAUUCUACAGGGUGUUGCCUCAAACACAUUAAAAGAAAGAACAGAACAGAUGCUUAUACAAAAGGCUACAAUCAUGUUUAUUAAAAGCCAGAGGGGCAUGAUAUGCAUCAGGGAGCCAGUGAUGUGAUUGCAUGAUUACACUAAAUCACAACGCCCGCCACCUCAGC